CUGGAGUGCAAUGGCACAAUCUUGGCUCACUGCAACCUCUGUCUUCUGGGUUCAAGCAAUUCUACUGCCUCAGCCUCCCGAGCACCUGGGAUUACAGGCACGUGCCACCAUGCCCAGGCCUUGGCCUCCCAAAGUGCUGGGAUUACAGGCUUGAGCCACCAUGCCUGGCCUCUUUCCACUUUCUUUAGUCCAAUGAAAAGGGAGAGAUUCUGCGGCCAGUCAGAGAGCAGCCCUGGCUUUUUACGCGGGGUGUCCACAGCUGCUCCUUGA